CAGGUCAAGUAAAUAUCUACACUGCAUAAACUCAUACAUACAAGAUGAAUUCAAGACAAGCUUAUGCCCCAACUCCCCAUAGCUAUGUUCCUAACACCACUCUCUCAGCUACAAUCAAUUUAGAUGAGGAAGUAAAGCUGGCAGAUACACGUGCUGAAAGAGAUCUACAAGACUCUCUUGCCGAGAUAUUUUCUAUCAUCGUUACUCUAGAUGAGCUUGAGAGGGCAUUUCUCAAAGAUGCUAUUCCCGAAGCCGACUAUACUGAGAUCUGUGAGCGAUCGUUAAAACAGUAUAAAUCAAUUCUAGCAGACGAUACUGUAGCUAAGGCAUUCAUCGGCCUAGAAGAAUUUAAGGCCGAAUGGGAUCUUGAAGUUCCAAGGGCAACCGAAAGACUUAGGGUGGGAAUGCCAUCCACCGCUGUCACCGCGUCAACGGGGGCACCUCAGCCAUCUGCUCCAGGCAACCAUAAAUCUGGUGCACUCAUCCUUGAGGCCACACAAGAAUUCAUUACUUUCCUGGAUGCCUUGCGUCUUGGGCUCCUAGCCAAAGAUCAACUUCACCCUCUCCUAACCGAUGUUAUCCAGAGCGUUAACAAAGUUACCGAUAGGGACUUUGAGAAUCGCGGAAAGAUUGUGCAGUGGCUGAUAACAUUAAAUCAAAUGAAGGCGACUGAGGAAUUGAGCGAACAGCAGGCGAGAGAGCUCGAGUUAGAUAUCAACUCUGCUUACCUGGGAUUCAAAAAUACCCUUAAUUGAUAUAUUCGAGCUGACACCAGAUCUUUGCUUGAUAGUACAUAUUUGCAGAAGAAUGACGAAGAAUCUCUAGGAAUGAUUCUAGUCAAGGGCGCUGAAAAGGUGGACCUCCGGGCUUAUCGCCAAGUGCACUGAGUGGUCAAUUUGGUUGGCAGGACCCACUAAUAGGG